UUCUAAAGGUUGGAAGAAAAAUAAAAGAAAGAAGAACAAAGAGAUUGUUAAAAGGCUUAGCCUUGAACGUGACGCAAACGUGUCUGGCAAGGGAAUGGAUAGAGAAUUAUUAAAUAGGUCUCAUUGUUUGCUUUCUUCCUUAAUUCUGUAAGCAUCUCAUUCUCUUGUUUUCCUCAUUUGCAACCAUGUCAACCUCAUCAUCUUCCCAAACCCAAUCCCUCAAAAUUGGCAUAGUUGGAUUCGGCACUUUUGGCCAAUUUCUGGCCAAAACAAUGAUAAAACAGGGCCACACAUUAGCAGCAACUUCCAGAUCCGAUUACUCCGACCUCUGUCUCCAAAUGGGUAUCCAUUUUUUCAGGGAUGUCAGCACUUUCCUUGCCACCGACUUGGAUGUCAUAGUGUUAUGCACAUCGAUCCUAUCACUGUCUGAGGUUGUCAGGUCAAUGCCACUCGCUUCCCUGAAGCGCCCAACACUCUUUGUUGAUGUUCUUUCAGUCAAAGAGCACCCAAAAGACCUUCUUCUACGAGUGUUGCCAGAGGACUCGGACAUUCUCUGCACACACCCAAUGUUUGGACCUGUGACUGGGAAGAAUGGAUGGAGAGAUUUGACUUUCAUGUAUGACAAAGUUAGAAUACGAGAUGAAGCUACCUGCUCUAGUUUCAUUCAAAUUUUUGCAAGUGAGGGUUGCAAGAUGGUAGAAAUGUCCUGUGAGGAACAUGACAAAGCUGCUGCGAAGAGCCAAUUUAUCACACACACAAUAGGAAGGACAUUGGGAGAAAUGGACAUUAAAUCCACACCUAUUGACACCAAGGGCUUUGAGGCACUUGUUAAAUUGAAGGAGACAAUGAUGGGAAAUAGUUUUGAUUUGUACAGUGGAUUAUUCGUGCACAACAGAUUCGCCAGACAAGAGCUGGAAAACCUUGAACAUGCCUUGUACAAAGUCAAAGAAAUGUUGGUUCAAAGGAUGAAUGAGGAGCAGGGUCAAGAAAGACUUGAAAGUUGAUGCAUAUGUUUUAUGAUGAAGAUAUAUUCCGGGAAUAUGAAAUUUUCUCUUGUAGUUCCUGUCAUAUAAAUUAUUCCCAUUUCAGUUUUCUUGUUACCAAAUUGAAACCGAUAAACCAAAGAAACUGGUAUAUGUUCAAUCUUGAAAUUAAAAUGUUGCUACAUUCUUGUUCC